AUGGAGCCUUUUCAAUUGACAACUUCGAGUCUUCAACCUAUAUUAAUAUCUCUGCGUGGGUGUGCGAAAAUAUCUCUGCAAAAAUCUCAAUGGCCAUGGCUAAAGAGCAAGAAGAAAAGGAACAAGUUCGGAGCUCGGGAGGGAAGAGACUAAAAUGUGCCAGGGGAGAAGAACGUGAAUCUGUGGAAGAGCAAGAGCAAGAAGAAGUAGAAGAAGAGGAAAGCGAGCUCCCUGUGAAGCCGGGAUUCUUUUACCCAAUGACGCCCACCUCUUUCGUGGUAUCCGAUGCACUUGAAUUCGAUUUCCCAGUCAUUUAUGUCAACAAAGUCUUCGAGCUCUUCACCGGCUACCGUGCCGACGAGGUCCUCGGUCGGAACUGUCGGUUUUUACAAUUUCGGGAUCCCCAUGCGCAAAGGCGGCACCCCUUGGUGAAUCCUGUUGUUGUUUCUGAGAUUAGAAGCUGUCUCGAGGUAGGUGUUGCAUUUCAAGGCGAGCUCCUCAAUUUCAGGAAGGAUGGCACUCCCUUGGUAAACAUGCUAAGACUUGUACCUAUCCAUGACGACGAUGGAAUUAUCACACAUAUUAUAGGUAUUCAAGUUUUUUCUGAAGCGAAAAUAGAUCUGAACCACGAAUCAUAUCCAGUUUUUAAAAAGACUUGUGAUCAGCAGCUUGAUCAGUCAGGAAAAUAUUAUGCAAUGAGUGCUGCUCAAUCACCACUCCACCAGCAUCAAGAAAUAUGUGGAAUGCUACAGCUCUCAGAUGAAGUCUUGGCUUACAACAUUUUAUCGCGCUUGACACCAAGGGAUGUAGCAUCCAUUGGGUCUGUCUGCAGAAGGAUCCGUCAGUUGACAAAGAAUGAGCAUGUGAGGAAGAUGGUAUGCCAAAAUGCUUGGGGAAGAGAAGUAACGGGUACAUUGGAACUGCUGACAAGGAAGUUAGGGUGGGGGCGUCUGGCCAGGGAACUGACUACUCUUGAGGCUGUUUGUUGGAGGAAACUGACAGUUGGAGGUGCAGUGGAACCUUCACGUUGCAAUUUCAGUGCUUGUGCAGCAGGUAAUAAGCUUGUAUUGUUUGGAGGGGAAGGAGUUGAUAUGCAGCCAAUGGAUGACACAUUUGUUCUCAAUCUUGAUACUGCAAAUCCAGAGUGGCAUCGCAUGAGUGUGAAAUCAUCCCCCCCAGGGCGCUGGGGCCACACUCUCUCAUGUUUAAAUGAUUCUUGGUUGGUGGUUUUCGGAGGAUGUGGGCGGCAAGGAUUGCUCAAUGAUGUUUUCGUUCUAGACUUGGAUGCCAAACAGCCAACGUGGAGAGAAGUCUUUUGUGGAACUCCCCCUCUCCCUAGAUCUUGGCAUAGCUCUUGCACAAUAGAAGGUUCUAAAUUAGUUGUUUCGGGUGGAUGCACAGAUUCAGGGGUACUUCUUAAUGACACAUUCUUGUUGGAUCUCACAACGGAGAAACCAAUGUGGAGUGAGAUUCCAACUUCUUGGGCUCCUCCCUCCAGGUUAGGACAUUCACUUUCAGUUUAUGGUAAGACCAAAAUUCUUAUGUUUGGUGGACUUGCCAGGAGUGGGAACCUGCGGUUGCGAUCAGGUGAGGCUUACACUAUUGAUUUAGCAGAUGAAAAGCCUCAGUGGAGGCUACUGGAGUGUAGUGCAUUCACUGGCACGGGUAGCCAGAGUGCUGUGGUUCCUCCACCUAGACUUGAUCAUGUUGCUGUCAGCAUGCCUUGUGGCAGGAUUAUCAUUUUUGGUGGUUCCAUUGCCGGGCUUCACUCCCCUUCACAGCUAUUUCUUUUGGAUCCUUCUGAGGAGAAACCAUCGUGGAGGAUCCUCAAUGUUCCUGGGCAACCACCAAAAUUUGCUUGGGGUCAUAGCACUUGUGUGGUUGGGGGGACUAGGGUCCUAGUAUUGGGUGGGCAAACAGGGGAGGAAUGGAUACUUAAUGAAUUGCAUGAGUUGUGCUUGGCGAGUCGGCUGGACUCAGACCUGUAAAUAAUUUUCAAGAACAUGGAGAUCAUUAUAAAUUCACCGUUUAGAGAUGCUGUGAUAUGCCCUUUCCAAGGUUGCCUGAAUUGCCAAAGGACCUAAGUUUUGUACUAAUCCCUCUGGACGGGGAUUUUGCUUCAUAUGCUGUGCUAGUUGAGGUACUUUUUCCUAUGUUUUUUCCUUUACAUGCUGUAAUUUUAUUCCUUAUUCGCCGUGUCAUGUGCUUGUUUAGUUUUGUUCUGUACAUUAUAAAUGUAAUUUUUAUCGCUAGUGUUGACUGUGAUACGAAUCGAAUGUGGAAUAUUAAUGUAUAUGAUUUGGUUGUCUAUACAAACAGUAUGUUGUUGAGUUCAA